UAUAUGCAUCAAGUGUUAAUUCAAGGCUAAGGCAAAAUAUUGAGAUAGAUAUCGUUUAUCGUGACAUGGCCUAAAAAUAUAUAGAGAUAUUAAUAAAAGGCCAUAUCGCCCAGCCCUAGUACCAACCAUCAGCACCCCCUAUACCUGUGACCCCCUCCUCCCCUCAACUCUGUCGUGCGUUUUAAGAAUGGGGAAGAGCAUACCCCUUUAAACAAGGUGGGCUGAGCUUAGACUCGCAGCCCUCGCUCCUAUGGCAACCCAACAGAUCAGAAGCAUGAAUAUUCACAUCUUCACCUAAGCGCACCGUCGGCUGUGGAUGGAUGGGUGAUGUCAGCGCCGCGCUCCGUGGAACGUCGCCGCGUCUACCCCCCCCACCCCCAUCCAUGAUCGCCCUGCUUUUGAGCGGCGCGACGCUUCCUUGCAAGACGCCUCCACGAGGAGAGGGGCGAGCCUCUCUCCUCCGUGCGUGACCCUUCUCCUCCCACCCUCCGCGGCGCGUCCCUCACAUGUCAGGCUAAGGUGACUUUCACGCAGUUUUUUCUCCCCCCACCCCCCCGCCCUACACUUUUGCGCACCAUGUCGCCCAGGCGCAAAUAUGCGUGUGUAGGUCAGGGACGCGGUGGCCAAGCGGACCGCCCAGGCUGUGCGUGAUGAGGACGCAGGUAGUGGAAUUUUUGCCCAAAAGGAGACACCACGAAUAACGGCAUCAGCAAGGAGAGUGCGUGUCAUGUGUUGCAAGCUUUCAGAGAUUCAGAUUAGCUCCACGCUGCUCACAAACGGAUAAGAAGCGCUUGGGGCUGGUCGAUAACAACAACCAAAAAAAAUCGCUCCACUCCACUCCAAAAAAAAAAAAAAAAAAAAAUCUGGAUUCGUUUAAUUUGCUCUUAGUGUCAAAAUGGACAGGUUGCACUCGUCCAUGCGUAAAAGGCUGUAUAGUUUGCCCCAGCACAUUGGGCACAAAUCCUCCAUCAUGGGUGAAGGAGAAGACGCCGACAAGGACACGCGGAGGAAGAGCAUCAGGAUGAAACCCCUGCCGUCGCCCACCUCCGGGGGAAGUUGCAAAGGCAUCGGGGAGACCAAGAGCGGCGAGUCGGCCAUCAUGGAGACGGACAUCGGGAGACCCAUGAAGACCAGCUCCAACGGAGACUGCCGGAGGUUCAGGGGCAGCCUCUCGUCCAUCACCAGCCGCCAUGUGCACGACUCGGACUCGGCGGAAGAGAGGCGCCUCAUCACCGAAGGGGACGUCACCCCGACCGAGGAGAGCCCACCGGGAGCUAUCGGCGAGGUGGCCCCGGAGCAAGGCGCGCAAGGCGGCGGCGGCGGCGACGGCGGUGGAGGCGCCGGCGGAGGAAGUGGUAGCAGCGGUGACGCUCCUCCGAACGAAUCCCAAACGGACGCCCAGUCCGGGUUCAUAAAGUUGGAUGGAAUUGAUCAGAUCUUACCGGACGAUGAGCGGUUGUACCAGGCCGGCUUCAUGCACCGGCAGUUCGGGGCCAUGCUUCAACCCGGGGUCAACAAGUUCUCCCUGAGGAUGUUUGGAAGUGAGAAGGCGGUCGAGAGGGAGCAGGAGCGGGUUAAAUCCGCCGGAUUUUGGAUUAUUCACCCCUACAGUGAUUUCAGGUUUUACUGGGACUUGACCAUGCUGCUGUUAAUGGUGGGCAACCUCAUCAUUAUACCUGUAGGCAUCACAUUCUUCAAGGACGAGCACACGCCCCCCUGGAUUGUCUUCAACGUGGUCUCCGACACCUUCUUCCUCAUGGACCUGGUGCUCAACUUCAGAACGGGCAUCGUCAAGGAGGACAACACGGAGAUCAUCCUAGACCCGCAGGAGAUCAAGACCAAGUACUUGCGGAGCUGGUUCGUGGUGGACUUCAUCUCCUCCAUUCCAGUGGACUACAUCUUCCUCAUCGUGGAGACUCGCAUCGACUCGGACUUCUACAAGACGGCGCGUGCCUUGCGGAUCGUGCGCUUCACCAAGAUUCUCAGUUUGCUGCGACUACUGCGUCUCUCGAGACUCAUUCGGUAUAUUCACCAAUGGGAAGAGAUCUUCCACAUGACCUAUGACCUGGCCAGCGCCAUGGUGAGAAUUGUCAACCUCAUCGGCAUGAUGCUGCUCCUCUGUCACUGGGAUGGCUGCCUGCAGUUCCUGGUGCCAAUGCUGCAGGACUUCCCCGCCGAUUGCUGGGUGUCCAAAAAUAAGAUGGUGAACGACACGUGGGGACAGCAGUACUCUUACGCGCUCUUCAAAGCCAUGAGCCACAUGCUGUGCAUUGGCUACGGUAUGUACCCUCCGGUGGGCAUGACGGACGUGUGGCUGACCAUCCUCAGCAUGAUCGUGGGCGCCACCUGCUACGCCAUGUUUGUAGGCCACGCCACCGCCCUCAUCCAGUCGCUGGACUCCUCGCGGCGGCAGUACCAGGAGAAGUACAAGCAAGUGGAGCAAUACAUGUCCUUCCACAAGCUACCUGCAGACAUGAGGCAAAGAAUCCACGACUACUAUGAGCACCGCUACCAGGGCAAGAUGUUCGACGAGGAGAGCAUCCUCGGGGAGCUGAACGAGCCGCUCCGAGAGGAAAUCAUCAACUUCAACUGUCGGAAGCUGGUGGCGUCCAUGCCUCUGUUCGCCAACGCCGACCCCAACUUUGUCACUUCCAUGCUCACCAAGCUCAAGUUUGAGGUGUUCCAGCCUGGGGAUUACAUCAUCAGAGAGGGCACCAUCGGCAAGAAAAUGUACUUCAUCCAGCACGGAGUGGUCAGCGUGCUCACCAAGGGCAGCAAAGAGACCAAGCUGUCGGACGGCUCCUAUUUUGGCGAGAUAUGUUUACUGACUCGAGGCAGAAGGACAGCAAGCGUCCGGGCGGAAACGUACUGUCGCCUGUACUCGCUGUCGGUGGACAACUUCAAUGAGGUGCUGGAGGAGUAUCCCAUGAUGAGACGGGCCUUUGAGACAGUUGCUCUGGACAGACUGGACAGGAUUGGCAAGAAAAACUCCAUCCUGCAGCAUAAGGUGCAGCACGACCUCAGCUCUGGCGUCCUCAACUACCAGGAGAAUGAGAUCAUCCAGCAGAUUGUGCAGCACGACAGGGACAUGGCCCACUGUGCCCACCUCUUGCAAAAUGUCCCUCCGCAGACGCCUCCAUCACCUACCCCUGUCAUCUGGGCCCCGCUGAUCCAGGCACCUCUCCAGGCAGCAGCCGCCACCACCUCAGUGGCCAUCGCCCUAACACAUCAUCCCCAUCUGCCGUCAACUCUUUUCAGGCCCCCGGUUUCUGUUCUAGGGUCCCUAAAGGACCCUCCCAGUCGGCAAAAGAAGUUCCACACAUUUGGUCCUUCAUCACCAGCUCCUGGUUCUGCUGGAGAUUCUCCUGCCAGCACACCUUCAAAAAUACGCUCUGGGGUGGACAUGUCGUUGCUUUCCUCUUUUCAGGCUCAGCAUGUAGCAUCAGGUUCAGUGGCAGCUAGCUCCAACCAACAGGGUGCAGAUAGUGGAAGCCAGUGUGGACAGAAUGAAACAAGGUCAGGAUUUAGUGCGAGUGGGACCUCAGCAUUUUCUCGCAGGCCGUAUUCAUCUUCUGGUUCACCCUCAUCAAGUAUGGCCCAGCUACACUCACAACCACAGCAUCAACAGCCUUUUCGCUCAACUACCCCACCUUUGUCGAAUCUCUUCCACCAAGGAUCAACAGGUGGAAGCACAGGGUCAGGAAUAAGUGGCAGCGCAGUUGGAGCCUGUGCCAGUACAUCAGACUGGCCUUCAGGUGGAGCAGUAGGGGGUUCUAUGGAAGGGGACGGUGGAGGGGACAGUGCAUGGGCUGCCGAGGUCUUUACAACUGCAGCAACAGAAGCAAGUUCACUGAGCAACUUUAGAUUGAGUUCAGCUCCCAUUCGAUCAGCAGGGGUUAUCUCAGGGGAAUUAGUAGUAGGGGUAUCUGAAGGUUCAGUGGGUGGUGCUUGUAGCAGAUCAGCACUAGUGGCAUCAGGUAGUGUUACCUGUGCAUCAUUAACAGAUUCCUCCAGGAGAUCUUUGAAAGGGGUCUCUCGUGGAUCAACGGGAAGGGCUUCUGGAGAAUUACUUGGAGGGAUGACCACUGGCGGUUCGUUCGGCAGGUUUUCGUUUGAAGGGACUGCAGGAGAAUUAAGUGUGUCAACGACAACUGUGGGAUCUCUAGGAAGGGCUUCUGUUGGGCCAGUAGGGGAGACCUCUGAAGAUUUACUGGUCCCAACAGAUGCUACUGCAUCAUUAGGUAGGACUUCUUUUAGGUCAGUUGCCACGACUUCUGGAGAAGUACUUGUACCAGUGACCACCGGUGGAACAUUGGGGUGGGCCUCUGGUGGAUCAGAGGGAAUGGUUUCUGGAGGAUUAACAGGCGGAUCCACGAUGGGACCCCUAAUCGGACUUUCUAGUGACUCUGUAAUAGUAAACCCUGGAGGAUCUCUAGGAAGGGCUUUCAGUGGAUCUGCAUCGAGCUACAUUAGUUCGAGUGUGCAAGGGGAAGGAACGAUUGGAUCACAUAAAAGCAAAUCAACAGACGGGUCUGUAGGAGGCUGUGUAACAAGUGGCCCUUCAGGAGGCAUCUCUGGUGCAGUUGUAGAAGGACUUAUUUCUUCUACACGCUGUCAGAGUCCUAUAUCGACUGGCUCUACUAGCCCCAUGCCGGGACAGCUUCUUCACAGUGAGCCACCUCCCAAACCUCCUCAAGUGACCCCCUUCCAACAAUUUGCAGGAGGGGGCAGGACUACAAGUGGCUUAAAUCUCUUCCACUCCCCUCCACAAGGAUCCCCAUCCCCAAGCAGAGGACAUAAUAGUCAACAGCCUGCUGAUGGUUCCCUAUCAUCCUUUGGUCAUAUUGGCCUGGCAGGCCUCCAGUCAGGAUUCCUUCCUCACCAGAUGUCCUUGGAGAGGUCUGCUUUGGCUUCCUUGGCCCAGUACGGUUCAGCAAAUGCCUCUCCAUGCCUUACUCCAGUGGCUCCCAGCCCGACUUUUCAAAGCCCAGUUAUGAGCAGGACUUUCCACUACAGUGACCCCACCAGUGCCCCAGGAUCCGAAAGUCCUAUGCUCAUGCCUCAAUCCUCUCUUCCGUCAUAUCCUCCAGUCCAGACACAGACCACAGGAAGAGAUUCUCAGCCAGGUCGCUUUUCAGAGGAUCUAAAGCUGCUAUCCAGCUCGCACCCAUUGCUUCCCCAGGAGGUGGCCCAGGCCUUAGGCCAACAAACUACCUGCUCCUCCAUGGAAGCAGGUUAUUACCCCUCACCUUUCUCCUCACCAACUCUAAAACCCAAACCUUGUAGCUCAGUUCUGGGGCAUAUGACACCUCCAAUCCAGCUUUCUCCAGGGCACUCGCAUCAGACUUGCUCUCCCGGAGCCUCCCCUUCCUCAUCACUUCGGAGGGGCUCCUCUGCCUACUCAUCGGAUCUAGAAACUCAAACUGUCCGCUCGAAGCUUCCGUCCAAUUUGUGAGGAUUGAUCACACCCUCCUGUGCUCCUCCAAACUGAAACACAUCCUAUGUCACAUGUGGCAAUUUCCCUUUUCUUUUAUCAGAUGUCACUGUGUUCCAUUUUCAUUUGACCUUCUAUUUGCUGUGAUUUCAAAGACACGUUACCAGGUAACACUGUUUUAUGCUCUGUCCUAUCAUUAUUUAUACAUCAUGUAUAUAGAUAGAGAUAUAUUUAAGUGAAAAGUUUAAUCAAGGAGGGUGUGAAAAAGAUCAAUAUUUUACAUGGAUAGACAGUUUCUUUACGCUCCGAAGAUGUUUGCAAGGGACACUUUAGUUGACUGUAUACAAAUACUCAUUUUGUCUGCAGGAACCUAUGCACUAACACCUGUGUUUAAAGCUUCUUGUGUGUCUCAAACAAAAGUUAUCUACAGUUUUGCUAAAACGAUACCGUAUCAUACAGGAUCGCAUAUUGUUGAUUCCUAAAUGUAGAGACUGUGCUUAUUUAUCAUAUGUGUAAACCUUUCAAAAACCUGACGACAAAAAAGAUUUUAGAAAACCAAAAAAGACUUGUAGUGAGGUAAUGUUUCACCUCCUCGUUUCCCUUCCCUAACCCUUGUUUUAUAUCACUUUAUUGUAAUAAUAAUAAUAACCAUGUUUUUUGAAGCAGGGCGAGGAAGGAUGCUAACGGGCUACCCUCGAUCUCGAGAUAGCUGCAUAUGAGCGGCGGUGACCGUGUCCCGAACACUUUUGUCUUCCAAACCCAUGCCGCUGAUGUGUGUAGAAGGCGUGUGUUGUUGUUCUUCCUGAAUGUGUGCAACUGUUCAUGUAGCGAGUGUACGCGACUCAAUGGAACAGUCGGAUGCAAGGCAGGACUUUUAAGCAUGACCGAAACUGAACAUUGCCUUUUAUUUAUAGGACUUCCAUGAACCACAGCUUGUCUGUGCAGAGCAGGAGUGGUGAAUAUUUUGUCCUAUCAGGGGCCAUUUUUUUUUUUUUUUUUUUUUAUAAAAUCCUCCAAGGGUCAUUUAUGAUGCGAUUGUGGGUUAAGUUAGU